UCUGUCCUCUCUCCCUACCGGCACAUAUAAGACCCUAGUCACACUUGGGAGAUGAGUGGGGAAGACGCCUACAGCAAGAUGGAUGUUGGCAGCAAGGAGGUCCUGAUUGAGAGCCCGCCAGACUACUCGGCAGCCCCCCAGGGCCGUUUCGGCAUCCCCUGCUUCCCUGCGAGCCUCAAACGCCUUCUCAUCGUGGUCGUGGUGAUAGUCCUUGUGGUCGUGGUGAUUGUAGGGGCCCUGCUAAUGGGUCUUCACAUGAGCCAGAAACACACUGAGAUGGUCCUGGAGAUGAGCAUUGGGGGACCGGAAGCCCAGCAGCGCCUGGCCGUGCAGGAGCGUGCGGGCACCACCGCCACCUUCUCCAUUGGCUCCAGUGGUAUUGUAGUGUAUGACUACCAGCGGCUCCUGAUCGCCUAUAAGCCAGCCCCAGGAACCUGUUGCUAUGUCAUGAAGAUGGCUCCGGAGAACAUCCCAAGUCUUGAGGCUCUCACUAGAAAGUUCCAGAACUUCCAGCCCUUCCCUGAUGCCAAGCUGCUGGCCUCAGCUGAACCUCACUCCCCGGGGGCUUCUGACUCCAGCACAGCCCCCUCUUCACUGGUCAAGCCUGCAGGGUCUACCUCUAAGCUGGGCCAGGAGGAGGGCCAUGAUGCUGGCUCAGAAUCCCCUGGGGACCUGGACUUCCUGGGCACCACAGUGAGGACCCUGUGUGGCGAGGUGCCCCUCUACUACAUCUAGGACCCCUCAGGGCCUGUGGAAGCCCCAAGUGAAGAGGAAAGAUCUAUGCGCUAAGGGCCUUUUGCAGAGAGAUAGGAAGCUGCUCCUACCCACACCACAGGGACUGGAGCUGGAGAAAUGGGAGCUGUGGGGAGAGGUGGGAGCGGGCAGAAGAGAUACGGCUCCUAGGGCCAAGGGGCUCCUACCACGAAAGAAUAAAGCAGCCUGAUUGAAAAACAAA